AUGCUUUUUCCAUGCAUUUCCAAACAAGAUGAAGAGUAUUUUAUGUUAUGCUUUUACUUAUUUUUUUUAAACUUUCUGCUGCAUAACCCUUUAAAUCCUCAUCCAAUUGAUAUUCCGCCAGUUGAUCCUCCUCCUAGUGUUAUUCCACUUUUCAAACCUCCUCCUAAUGCUGCCCCACCUUUCAACCCUAAUCCUAGCCCUCCUAUUUUUAACCCUCCUAAUAGUUCUCCUACUUUUAAACCACCUCCUUGUACUCCAAAUUUCAAUCCUCCUCCUAAUUCUGAUUCGCCUUUUAAUCCUGCUCCUAGUCCUCCUGUUAUUGCUCCUCCUAAUGCUGUAGCACCUUUUAAUCCUAGCCCUCCUCCACCAAUUAAACCUCUCCCUAUGGUUGAUCCACCUUUUAUUCCCCCUCCUAAUGCUGCUCCACCUCCUAAUGCUGCUCCUCCUAGUAAUGCUGCUCCUCCUGCUAAUGCUGCUCCUCCUCCUAAUGCUGCUCCUCCUCCUAAUGCUGCUCCUCCUCCUAAAGCUACUCCUCCUCCUAAUGCUGCUCCUUCUCCUAAUGCUGCUCCUCCUCCUAAAGCUGCUCCUCCUACUAAUGCUGCUACCCCUCCUAAUGCUGCUCCUCCUCCUAAUGCUGCUCCUCCUCCUAAAGCUGCUCCUCCUCCUAAUGCUGCUCCUCCUCCUAUUGCUACCCCACUUUUUAAUCCAGCUCCUAGUCCUCCUGUUAAUGCUCCUCCCAAUGCUGUAGCACCUUUUAAUCCUAGCCCUCCUCCACCAAUUAAAUCUACCCCUAUGGUUGAUCCACCUUUUAUUCCUCUUCCUAAUGCUGCUCCCCCUCCUAAUGCUAAUCCUCCUCCUAAUGCUGCUCCUCCUCCUAAUGCUACCCCACCUUUUAAUCCAGCUCCUAGUCCUCCUGUUAUUGCUCCUCCCAAUGCUGUAGCAUUUCUUAAUCCUAGCCCACCUCCACCAAUUAAACCUCCCCCUAUGGUUGAUCCACCUUUUAUUCCUCCUCCUAAUGCUGCUCCCCCUCCUAAUGCUAAUCCUCCCCCUAAUGCUUUUCCACCUUUUAAUCCAGCUCCUAGUCCUCCUGUUAAUGCUCCUCCCAAUGCUGUAGCACCUUUUAAUCCCAGCCCUCCUCCACCAAUUAAACCUCCCCCUAUGGUUGAUCCACCUUUUAUUCCUCCUCUUAAUGCUGCUCCCCCUCCUAAUGCUAAUCCUCCUCCUAAUGCUGCUCCUCCUCCUAAUGCUGCUCCUCCUCCUAAUGCUACCCCACCUUUUAAUCCAGCUCCUAGUCCUCCUCUCUCCUCCACCAAUUAA